AUGGGCGCAGACGGUGGGUCUGUAAACAAGAAUUAUAAUUUGAAGUUACAAAUUCAGAAAGAUAAAGAUGUACCAAAAGAUGAUGAUACUAAGGAAUAUAUUAAACAAUCGAGAUGGAAUUAUUGUGCUUUGAAAAGUAAUGAAUUUUUGACGUUACCUCUGGUGAGUGAUUAUCGAGGGAACCUUUAUAAUAAGACAUCUAUUCUUGAAUGGUUAUUGGAGAAAGACAAGCAGAAGGCUUAUAGUGCCCAGCAGAUCGAUAAAUUCAAACAUAUCAAGAGACUCAAUGAUAUCGUUCAAUUAAAUGGUCUUACUGAGACAGUAUCGGAUGAGAAUGAAAACCGUCGUGUCAUAAAAUGUGAUUUUGGAGAUGAUGUGUUUAUUGGAACUCUAAACCCAAACUCUAAUGCAACUAAUGCACAAAAAAACUUUGUUUAUAUCAGCCCAUGUGGUGAUGUUAUGCAGAGAAACGCAUUAGGUCUAAUGAAAAAAUCGGAAAGAAAAUGUCCUAGUUGUUUAAAUGUUUAUAAAUCCACUGAUAUAAUACCGAUAAACUCAGAAGAUCCACAGAUGUUGAAAGUCUUGGAGGACAGAAUGACAACAUUGAAGAAACAGAAUAUAUAUCAUAACGGUAAGGCUCGUAAACUGGCAGACCCCAAAAAAGGAAGUUAA